CAUAAAGGCCUCUGAGGUAAGAGGGUCUUGUGACCAAACCAAUGUGACCAGAUGGCCCAGCACCCCACAAGCAGUGCAACAAUUCUCUUAGAGUUGUACUAAUGACGGCCAAGGCCACCGAUAAAACAGAAAUAAUGACAGAGCUGCUAGAUCAGUCUGAGAACAAUCUGCUUGAAUGCAAAGUGUGCUUUGAAAAAUAUAACCCACAGAAAAAACAUCGACCAAGGAACUUACCGUGCGGACAUGUUAUGUGCCUGGAGUGUGUCAUGUCUCUAGCUCACCCUCGGAAUUUCAGGCUGGAGUGCCCUUUCUGUCGCCGAGCUUGCAAAUCUUCAGAGACCAGCGACUGCUUGCCACUGUUGCACCUGAUGGAAAUCUUGAGUCCUUCAGCCAAUCAAGCUCCAGUUGCAGGAGGGACAACAGGGAGAAGGGAGGAUGUGGCUGCCCCUGGAUCUCAGGUCUUCACAUUUAAUCUUUCUUUCGGAGGAUGGGGAACGCUGAUCAAUCCCACGGGGAUUGCUGUGUGUCGGAGCUCUAGCUGUUUAGCAGUGGCCCAUGAUGGCAAGAAAAGAAUUAAGUUGUUCAGCUUCCAUGGGAACUGCAUUCAGCAGUUUGGAGAAAGAGGGCAAUCAGGAAAUGAUCUCAGGUACCCAACAGAUGUCGCAGUUACACUGGAUGGCCAUAUCGUUGUCACAGAUAGUGGGGAUCGUUCUGUUAAAGUGUUUGAUUAUAAUGGCAGGAGCAAGAUGGUCAUUGCAGAGUCCUUUUCUUUGCCGUGGGGCCUCGAUACUACGCCACAAAAUGAUAUCAUCAUGACCGAUUCGGAGGCAGGUGCUCUGUAUCGCUUGUCUGCUGACUUCAAAAAGGGAGAGUUAAAGGGAGUGAAAAAGUUGUAUUCCAACCUAUGCCACCCAAGGAAAGUGGCCAUUUCGCAAAUCUCCGGAGCCAUCGCAGUCAUUGAACAUUUGAUGGCAAAAGGGCCGUGCCACGGCAAUACCAGACUGAAAAUCUUCAACGAAGACCUGCAGCUAAUCAGUCAGGUGGACAGCUUUGGCCUGAAUCUCUUCUUUCCUUCCAAAGUCUAUGCCAGUGCUGUGACCUUUAGCAGGGAAGGGCAAGUAAUUGUAACUGAUGCUUAUAACCAAACAGUUUUCUGUCUUGGAAAACCUGAAGAAUUCCCUGUAUGUAAACCUUUGAUAACUCAGGGUCUUUCCUACCCAUUGGCGUUAACUUUCACAUCAGAUAAUUCUCUAGUUGUUUUAGAUGGUGGGGAUCAUUCUUUAAAAAUCUAUACUGUUAGCUAAACAGUAGUCUGGGAGGAACUGAUCUUGCUCAUAAGUUCAAGGAAGAGUAUACAGAAUGCUUAAUUCUCCAACUCUUAGGGACUGGUGGGUUUGAGUCUUCUCUAGGUUAGCUGUACAGUAGUGGAAUGCAGUUCAUAUGAGUUGAAACUAACUUAGUGUUGCAGUUUGAUAUCUACCUACCUGAAUGGACGUCAUGUUAACUUAUUUCUGGACAGAACUGCACUGCAAAACGACCAUCCCUAUUAGAAUUCUUUUGGUAAGAUAUAUGGAGCCAUAUGUGACCUACUUGGAAACUGUAUAUACUAGAUUCUAGAUAGGAUGAGUUUCUCUUGGGUUAUCAAUGGUACAAAGCCAGACUGUUUGAUCCCCUACACCAGAAAGUUAGGGUUUCUUAAAACAAAACAAAACAAAACAAAAGGCAAUGUCUAUGUUAGAAAAUAAUUAUGAUUUGUGUUAGUUCUCCCUGACCUGAUGCCCUCCAGUAAUGUUGAGCCUGCCUAUCCCAAUAUUUCUAGCCAGUGUAGUUGAGGAUUCUGGAAGCUGACAUUUUCACACAUUUGGAAAUUAAGAAAGACUGAUUUAUAACCAAGACUGACUCAGGAAACAUCAGGGAAAAUGGCAUUUGUUAGUUAUCCUGGGAAUAGUUGCCUUCACUAAACGUUCUGCAGUGUCAUCAUGCAAAGUAUUUAAAGCAGAACAAAACAGGGCAAUGGAGUGACAUGUUCACAGCUAGUUGAGACAUGAGGAUGACUCACUUCCAUGCCAUUGUACUAAUUUCUUUCACACACCUUGCAGCUAGUUAAACCAGUGCAAACCUGCAUGUGGAGAACAUAAAGCAUUAAGCAAAGUUUUUAAAAUAAUUCUGUACCAGCUGCAGUAUCUUUCAUAAAAUAGACAAGCUUUAUUUUUGUUUCACAAUAGAUAUCUCUACCAGUUACUAAUUAUUUUUCCAUGUUUAUCUAUAAAAGGGGUACAUAUUCAGUUGAUUAAAUUAACAUAUCUUCCCCAUGAUAAAAUAAGCCAGAAUUUUAUUGUAUUUGUGCAAGAUCGCUGUUUUAAAUCAACCAUAUGAUCUAUGUAAGGGACAAACUACACAU